UUCCGUGACGUAUGACGCAAGAUUCCAUGCGUCGUGUUGUUAGUUCCCUGUUCCAAGAUGGCGUCUAUUAUGGAAGGACCUCUGAGCAAAUGGACAAACGUGAUGAAGGGCUGGCAAUACCGUUGGUUUGUUUUGGAUUGCAAUGCCGGGCUGCUCUCCUAUUACACGUCCAAGGACAAAAUGAUGAGAGGAUCAAGACGAGGGUGUGUCCGUCUCAGAGGGGCUGUGAUUGGUAUUGAUGAUGAGGACGAUAGCACCUUUACCAUAACAGUUGACCAGAAAACCUUUCAUUUCCAGGCUCGAGAUGCCGAUGAACGAGAGAAGUGGAUUAAUGCCUUAGAAGAAACUAUCCUGCGGCAUACACUGCAGCUUCAGCAGGGUGUGGAUUCGGGAUUUGUUCCAAGUGUUCAGGACUUCGAUAAGAAGCUUGCAGAGUCUGAUGCAUACCUACAAAUUCUCAUAGAUCAGAUAAAGCUGUUUGAUGAAAAAAUCCAAAGCUGCAAAGAUGAUGAACAGAGAAAGAAAAUUGAAAACCUCAAGGAUACUACUUCUAGUAUGGUAGAGUCCAUCAAACACUGCAUAGUUUUACUGCAGAUUGCAAAGGACCAAACUAACGAGGAGAAGCACGCAGAUGGAUUUAUAAGUACCAUAAAUCCUGUGGAUUCAAUCUAUCAACCCAGUGCUUUGGAAUCAACUGUGAUCCUCAAUAUGCCUACACAGGCUUCCCCAGUACCAGAAUCAGCACAGCUUUGUAAAGCGGAGCCACGACCCUCCUCCCUAGCUGUUGGGCCAGUAUUGAGCAACCUUGGAAGCCACCAGAGUCCUACUCCCAUCAGCACAGGAAGCGGUCUGUCUGCUCCUAGUAGCAGUCUGACUUCCCCCAGUCAUGUCAACUUGUCGCCGAACACGGUCCCAGAUUUCUCCUACUCCAGCAGUGAGGAUGAAUUCUAUGAUGCAGAUGAGUUCUAUCAGAGUAGCACCUCACCAAAACGUUGUAUGGAACUUCCCUCUAGUUGCUCAUCAGAGUCUGCAACAGCCUUAACACGUAGCAGCACAGGGGCCAGUCUAAAAAGACCGAACACUACGGAAUCUCUGAAUUCCUCUAUGUCCAACGGGACAAAUGAAGCAGAACAAUUUGACACUCAUGAUGAUCGUGAUGAUGAUGGGGAAGGAGAGUCUGUGGAAGAGCACAAAAGUGUUAUCAUGCACCUUCUGUCCCAGGUCCGUCUGGGAAUGGACCUCACUAAGGUUGUACUUCCCACCUUUAUUCUUGAACGAAGAUCUCUCCUGGAAAUGUAUGCGGAUUUCUUUGCACACCCAGAUUUGUUUGUCAGCAUUGGAGAACAUAAGGAGCCUAAAGACAGGAUGAUACAGGUGGUCAAGUGGUACCUAUCUGCUUUUCAUGCUGGCAGGAAAGGAUCUGUUGCAAAGAAGCCUUAUAACCCAAUCCUGGGAGAAGUCUUCCAAUGUCACUGGGCUUUACCAGGGCUUGAAAAUGAUGAAAAUCCUGAACCAGUUUCUGAAGGACCAAUUCCAUGGGCUUCCAAAAACAAUGUGACAUUUGUGUCCGAACAGGUCUCGCACCACCCGCCAAUUUCAGCCUUUUAUGCCGAAUGCUACAACAAGAGAAUACAGUUCAAUGCACACAUCUGGACAAAAUCCAAAUUCUUGGGGAUGUCUAUUGGAGUCCAUAAUAUUGGGCAAGGUUGUGUGUCCUGCCUUGAUUAUGAUGAGCACUACAUCUUAACGUUCCCCAAUGGCUAUGGGAGAUCUAUCUUGACAGUGCCUUGGGUUGAGCUUGGGGGUGAAUGUACCAUUAACUGUUCCAAAACUGGUUACAAUGCCACCGUCACAUUCCACACCAAGCCUUUCUAUGGAGGCAAGAAGCACAGAGUCACUGCGGAAAUCUAUUCACCAAAUGACAAGAAAGCUUACUGUUCAAUUGAAGGGGAAUGGAACGGCGUCAUGUAUGCAAAAUAUGCAAAUGGGGAGAAUACAGUGUUUAUAGAUACCAAGAAAAUGCCUACAGUAAAGAAGAAGGUUCGGAAGCUGGAGGAUCAGGAGGAAUUUGAAUCUCGAAGGCUGUGGAAAGACGUGACAUAUAACUUGAAAGUUAAAGAUAUUGAUUCAGCAACUGAGGCAAAGCACCGCCUAGAAGAGAAACAGAGAUCGGAAGCAAGAGAGCGCAAAGAGACGGAGAAGCAAUGGGAGACCAGGCUGUUCCACGAGGAUGGGGAGUGCUGGGUGUAUGACGAACCUCUGCUGAAGAGAGAACCAAACCUCCUAUAUUAAGUGGCUCGCUGAAUCGUUCCAUCAAAUGAUAAAUAUGGUCCAAAGCCAAGAAAUGAAGGUAUUAAUAACCCAGAUGAGCAGAAUUUCCUGUGGUGCUGAGAGCUCUCUUUACACUGCAGUGUUUCCUAACUCAGGGAUACUGGACUUGCAUCAUCAGACAAUUCAUUCACUGCACUCUGCUGCUCAACAACUCUUUGCUCUUGUUCCAUACUCUCAUAUGCUUUACUGGUCCCUUUCUCUCAAUCGGAAUUUACUGCAAUGAUUUAGCCCGAGUAAGUGAGUAAAAAUGCAUCUUGAGUAAUACUAUGAAUUUGUUCAGCACAGCAACACAGAACCUUGCUCACUUCAUUCUUACUAGUCCUUAUUCAAUUGCAGGACUUAAAAAUGGCAAUUCUAUAUCCAAAUACAUUUUGAAAUAUUGUAUAUACAGUAUGAAUCUGGUAUUUUAAUUGAAACUGAAUAUGCAGUUGAAAUUGUACAGCUUACUUUUGCCACUUUUUCCCCUUCAGAAUACUCUAUUUUAGAUUUUUAUUUGAAAAUCAUACCAGAACCAUGUACAACCCAUUUCAUAUACCUUAUAGCUCCAGCAAGUGUUUCCUUCCAUACAUACAUUUGUAUUUAUUUCCUAAUAAAAGUUAGAGCAAAUUAUUUUAUUAGACCUGCAUUUAUGAUUUCCAAUUAAAAUAUAAUAUUCAAAGAGAAAAAA